AUGCCACCACGUUCUGCAUCUCCCAAGGUACACCUUAAUGACUCAAUUCCAACUCCUCCUCCUUCUCCAUCUCAUACUACAAUACCUAUUUCAAUCGCAGCACUUCCACCACCAGCUUCUUCUCAACCUACUUCCACUACACCUCUCCUUCCACCUAUUAUUUCUCAAGCAACUUCAACAACAACCAAUAUACCUGAACCUACGGUUUGUGUCAACACAUCUGAUACGGGGGCACCUACCUCAGAAACCGAAACCCCUGUCAUUUCUAAACCUAUUUCCCCAUCUCCUUCCUCAAACUCUUUCCUAGUUCUUGGUGGAGACAAACUUGAAUUUGAAUCUUAUUACUAUAGUCCUUAUAGAGUUCUAACUUACUCGGAUACUACUGUUCGAGCCCUGAUUGAAACAACCCUCAAACAGAUUGAUGAGUAUAUCCAGAACAAAACCAAGGUUGUGGAUGCCUCCUCUUUGUCUUGUAAGAAAGCAUCCGAAGAUGUAGCCACUUUAAUUUCAGAUGCCAAGAUUCUUCUGGAAUCUCUUAAAGAAGCUAUAGAGUCUAACACCAACAAGGUUAAAAAUGCCAUUGAGUCGCUCUCCAAUUCUCUUCAGGCUGAGAAAGAUAAAUUUGAUUCGGUGUUACGGAGCCAAUUGUUACUCCGUUACAAGGGGGAGAAGAUUUGCAAAACCCUCCAAAAACAAACUUCUACUAUUCUGAAUGUCACCACUAAACCGAAGGGUAAUGAAGCUUCGGGUCUUAGUGUGAGGGACAACGCGAAGGGUAUCAUGGGUCAGAGUGAUGAUGAAGAAGAAACUGAAGAAGAAAGGGAGAAAAGAGAGAAAGAGGCUCAUGAUACUUUGGUUUGCAGACAAGCUCUCUUUCCACUGUGGUCAUUGGAGAAAUUGAUGAAGGAAGCGAUUGAGUCUCCUAGUACUCAUUGGCUUGAACGAGUCGUUUCUUUUGACUAUGAGAAUACAAGGGAUUCUUAG